CCCUCUAGCUGCCGGUUACAUUCCAACCGCCUGGAGCUUCCCGCGCGCCUCUCCCCUCCCCCUCCCGCGGCGGCCGCCCGGUGUCAUGGCUUCCUCCGAGGUCACUCGGCAGCUGCAAAAUGAUAAUUGUCGACCCUUAUCUUUGUCUGGCCAUGUUGGUUUUGAUAGCUUACCAGAUCAGUUGGUUAACAAAUCCGUCAACCAGGGCUUCUGCUUCAACAUUCUUUGUAUUGGGGAGACUGGAAUUGGAAAAUCAACCUUGAUAGAUACUUUGUUUAACACCAGUUUUGAUGACCGCGUAUCAACACAUUUUCAACCGAAUGUAAGACUCAGAGCUCAGACGUAUGAACUCCAGGAAAGCAAUGUUCGAUUGAAACUGACCAUUGUAAAUACAGUGGGAUUUGGUGACCAGAUAAACAAAGAAGAUAGCUAUCAGCCAAUAGUGGAUUACAUAGAUGCACAAUUUGAGGCCUACCUCCAGGAAGAACUGAAAAUUAAACGCUCCUUAUACAACUACCAUGACACUCGCAUCCAUGUCUGCCUCUAUUUUAUUUCACCUACAGGCCAUUCCCUUAAAACGCUUGAUUUGUUAACCAUGAAGAAUCUUGACAACAAGGUGAACAUUAUACCAGUCAUAGCCAAAGCAGACACCAUUUCUAAAACUGAACUACAGAAGUUUAAAAUCAAACUCAUGAGUGAAUUGGUUAGUAAUGGAGUCCAGAUAUACCAGUUUCCAACAGAUGAUGAAACCAUUUCUAAAAUUAAUGCCACUAUGAAUGGACAUUUACCAUUUGCUGUAGUGGGGAGUAUGGAGGAAAUGAAGAUUGGAAACAAAAUGGUGAAAGCUCGACAGUACCCUUGGGGCAUUGUACAAGUGGAAAAUGAGAACCACUGUGACUUUGUAAAGCUUCGUGAGAUGCUUAUUUGCACAAAUAUGGAAGACCUGAGAGAACAGACUCAUGCACGGCAUUAUGAGCUGUAUAGACGCUGCAAACUGGAAGAGAUGGGCUUCAGAGACACAGGCCCUGAAAACAAACCAGUCAGGGUCCCCCUACUAAAGGGUUACACAGAUAGCAAAAAGUCUAUAUCUCACAGCCACGCUUCUGUAGAAAGUCUACAGGAGACCUAUGAAGCUAAGCGGCAUGAGUUCUUUGGCGAAUUGCAGCGGAAGGAGGAGGAGAUGAGACAGAUGUUUGUGCAGAGAGUCAAGGAGAAAGAAGCAAUAUUGAAAGAAGCUGAGCGAGAGCUGCAGGCUAAAUUUGAACAUCUUAAGCGACUUCACCAAGAAGAGAGGAUGAAGCUGGAGGAAAAAAGAAAACUCCUGGAAGAUGAUAUGAUUGCAUUCAAUAAGAGGAAAGCUGCUACUGAGUUACUUCAAGCACAGGCAUUUGCAUCUACACCUAGCGUUAGUUUGAAAAAAGACAAGGACCGUAAAAACUUUAUGUAAUACAGAGGAUUAUGGCAAGCAAAUGUUAAAAAUUAUACAAGUCAGCUAUGGUUUCCUAUACUUUUUCUUUUUCUUCUGUAUUUCUUACCAAACAAGAAUUUGGAAAAUGGCCAUUACUACUGCAAGUUAAAGAAGAAAAGUAUGUGGUCAAUAUGCAUACAGUAUUGUAAGUUACUGUUACAUUAAUAUAAUUUAAUGAACAUUUCCAUUAAGCAGCUACGUUGAUAUGCCCUUAUACUUUAGGAGCAUAUGGCCAAGUCACACUUAAGUGCAUUGUACCAAAGAAAAUAUCUCUAUCGUAGACAGUUUUCAUUCAUAAUAUGAAUACUGUAGUACAGAAGUAUUCAGUGAAUAUAUAUAUAUAUAUAUAUAUAUAUAUUAUAGCCUUUUGAAAGUAAUUUUGAUACAUUGUUUCCUUACUAAACAGCAUUUAAUGUAACUUCUGAAGUGUUUUGAAAUGUAUUAAAUAUUUAAAUCUGCUCAAAUAACCACUUAUUAAUUUUGCUGACAAUGGUUUGUUUUUUAUAGAAACACUGUCCUGAUUUUGUGAUCUAAGCUUUCUAAUGAACAGGAAUCAUGGUCUUCAGUGCUGUAUGCUAAUAUAUUUGUAGUUGACAUUACUAAUUGAAGACCAAGUCAUUAAAAAAUAAUCUAAUCCACUUUCAUCUGCUUUUCAGUCUUUGGCCUCUUUACAUGUAUUCCCUGGUUCAGAAGCUGGGCAUUUUUGAAAUAAAUUGGGCUAUUAAAGACACACAUAAAUAACUUUACAAACAUGGCUAGUCCCAUUUAUUUCAAUGAGACUUCUUGCAUGCAUAAGUUAAACAUGUGUAUAAGUGUUUCCAGAAUUGGAGCCUUACUUUAUUUGUAUCUCUUUACUACAUAAAGACAAACUGUUUAGUGGCUUACAGAAUAGGUUGAAGAAUCGUUUUUUAAAAACAAACGUUGGAAAGUAACCAUAGCUUUGUAGUGUUAAAAUUGUCAUACAACUAGAACAGAUGGCUAAACUUCCCUUUUGUUAACUUCAGCAUCUUUAGGUUAAAGCACGUUUAAAACAAUUCUUAUAUUUUAAAAGUCCCCAAUAACUAUUUAUCUGCAAUAAUCUAUAGACAAUGUAAUUCUCCAAAGAUGACUUGUACAUUACUAUUUUUGAAAUAAAAUAUUAAUACAUAACUUCACUGAAAUAAAAUGUACUUGCUGAAAUGUG